AUGCCAGCAGAUCAACAAAAGCUGAUCCACCAGGGAAAGAUCUUGGACGACAAGACCGCAGUGAAGGAUAUUGGCAUCAAGGAAGGUGAGUUCGUGGUGGUGAUGGUGGCCAAGGCCAAACCUCCUGCAGCACCUGCUGCACCUGCGGCGCCUGCGCCUGCACCUGCUGCGCCCACUCCAGUGCCAUCAGGUCCUUCGCCGGGUGUGGACGCUGGUGCUGCUGGGGCUGCCACUGUGGUCAGCGGGGCCGCAGCAGAAGCGCCCGACCGUGCAGCAGCUCAUGGAGAUGGGCUUCGAAAGACCACAAGUGGAACGCUGCCUACAGGAGCGGCAUCCCUGCGGGGCUCAUGGCAGAGGAAGGAACUGCUCCUGGAGCUCCACCUGAGGGUGCUGCUGGUGGUGCCCCACCAGCUUCCGGAGGUGGAGGCGGAGGCGGAGGCCCGGAGAGAACCGCGCAAGGUGACACGACGACACGACAUGUGGCGCGACAUGUGA